ACUCAGCUACUGAGCUAGCUUAGCUACUUUAAUAAUUUUUUUGAAAUAUGGCAGCUGUACUCCCCAUCAGACCGCCCUGUGAUAGCAACCCUGCCACUCCAGGAGCACAAUCUAUAAAGACAUAAAGGAAACAUACUCUCAUCUGUGAGCUAUACAUAUGAACUGGAACGACAACAUGAUUGUGAUGCCAUGGGAUUGUAAUGUGCCUGCAAACUGAAUAGCUGUCUCAUAGAAAGCAUUUCAAGAAGCGAGUUUAUUCAAGAAGAUGCAAUAGAUGAGGUUUCCAAUGACGGCAGCCAGCCUCCCAAAAGAAGGAGAAUGGGUUCAGGAGACAGCUCCCGAAGCUGUGACACGUUCAGUCAAGAGCUAGGAGCUACAUAUUUUCCAGCAGAAAACCUGACAGAGUACAAGUGGCCACCUGAUGACACAGGAGAGUAUUAUAUGCUUCAGGAGCAGGUCAGCGAGUAUCUGGGAGUUACAUCAUUCAAGAGGAAGUAUCCCGAUAUGGAGAGGCGUGACCUGUCCCACAAAGAGAAGCUCUAUCUCCGUGAACAAAAUGUCAUCACGGAGACACAAUGCACUCUGGGUCUCACAGCUCUGCGAAGCGAUGAAGUAAUAGAUCUGAUGAUCAAGGAGUAUCCUACCAAACAUGCUGAGUAUUCUGUCAUACUGCAGGAAAGGGAGCGACAGAGAAUAGCAAAAGAGUACUCUCAAAUGCAGCAGCAAAAUCCUCAGAAGGUAGAGGCCAGCAAGGUUCCCGAAUACAUAAAGGAGGCUGCAAAGAAAGCUGCCGAGUUCAACAGUAACUUCAACAGGGAGCGGAUGGAGGAGAGGAGAGCUUACUUUGACCUUCAGACGCACGUUAUCCAGGUACCACAGGGCAGAUUCAAGGUGCUGGCUCCAGAAACAACCAAAUCCGGGCCUUACCCUGUAGCUCUCAUACCAGGACAGUUCCAAGAUUACUAUAAAAGGUACUCGCCCAAUGAGUUGCGCUAUUUGCCAAUGAACACUGCUCUGUAUGAGCCUCCAUUGGAUCCAGAGCUCCCUGCUCUGGAUUCAGAGCCUGACUCAGAUGAUGCAGAUGAUGGCAAGGAUCACAAGAAGAACAAGAACUCAUCAGACAGCUCCUCAGGGAAUGCAUCAGAUGUGGAGACCCAGGAGGGUGGAGGAGGAGGACAUCGCCAUAAUACCAAACCCAAAGACAGGACAUCAACACCGGGCAAAGACCAGCGCCACUCCCACAAAGCCGCUCCAGGGUACAAGCCUAAGGUCAUUCCAAAUGCAAUGUGUGGCAUUUGCCAGAAGGGUAAAGAGGCCAACAAGAGAGGCAGGCCAGAGGCUCUCAUUCACUGCUCCCAGUGUGAUAACAGCGGCCAUCCGUCAUGCUUGGACAUGAGCGCAGAGCUGGUGUGUGUGAUCCAGACGUACCGCUGGCAGUGCAUGGAGUGCAAGACCUGCACCGUGUGCCGUCAGCCCCAUCAUGAGGAUGAGAUGAUGUUCUGUGACAAGUGUGACCGGGGUUUCCACACGUUCUGUGUAGGCAUGGACCAAAUACCUACAGGGCUUUGGGUGUGUGAGGUUUGUGACAAAGACUUCACAACACCCAAAAAGAAAGGAGUAAAAGCACAGAAGAAGUCUAAGUCUGCUCAGAAAUGACCAACAUAGCAACUAAGUUUAAUUUAUCCACAAAUGCACAUUUAUUAUUUUUUAUUAGUUUUGAGAAAUGUCAAUAGUUUUUUUUCCUCUUCUUUUAAAAUAGAGCUUUUUUUUUUAGCUUUGUAUUCUUUAAAAUGUUGCAUUCAAUUAAGAGAAGCUAAGAAAAAAUCGAUCAAUCAUACGCCAGCGUUUGAAAUAUGAGCUCCUAUUCUGCUGUUGGUCAUCGAUUGAUGUCUCAGUGGAACUCAGUUGAUUUCUGUACGAAUCAUUUAAUUUAUAGUUGUGACUGGUAGAUUAAAUGGUGUUCUACUGCUUCAGGAAACCACUGAACUGUGCUCUUCCUCUCGUUACAUUUUUCCUGUUAUACACUGUGUUCUGAAAAAUAUUUUCAGGUAAACAUAUGGUGCUUUUGGUCCUGUGCAACUGAAACAUUCAGAUUUUUAAAGGGCUCACUGGUGUCAUUCAGGCUUAAAAAAUUAAGUGUUUUUUUUUAUAUUUCUUACUGUUACUUCUGAUUUACUUUUUAAUGAGGCAUUGUCUGAGAAAACGGUACAUAUUGAUCCUUUUUAAACCACUGGUGCUUUUCUUCCUGCAUGUUUCCCUGUGAUGGAUACUUGCUCCUGGUGUUUUGAGGUUUUUUCAACAAGGUUUCUCCAACAUUUAAUGUUCUCAGAGAUGUAAGGGACAAUUGUAACCACUUAUAAUUGCAGAAACUGUAAUUACACUAAAAUUUAUUUUGACUUGAUGAUUUUGGAAUCAGGCUAAAUUUUGUAUUUUGACGUUUUUAUUUUAUGUUUGUAUUCUAUUGUCCUAUAAUUGGGUUGUUAAAGAGUUAUUUGUUGCCUCUGAUGUCAUAGUGAAUACAUUUUUUAUUGUUUUUUGCAAUAAAGGCCAAUUUAAAGGGCUAA